UUGUGGAUUAUAAACUGUAUUUUUGUAAAUUAAUUGAAAAAUGGCACGCAAAGGCCAGGUUUCAAUACAGGAUAGUGUAGAAAACAAUGAAGAAUUCGAGGCAUAUCUACAAGUACAUUUUAAACAAUUAAUCUGUAUGGAAGUAUAUUCUGAUUUCUGUGGCUACUGCCUAGCUACUGGUAACGCAGUGAGGAAAGGAAAACUAGAAAUAGGACUAGAGCGCGUAGCCAUGGUAAAGGCACUGGCUGACAACAUUGACCCUUUGUCGCGUUUCAAGUAUAAAAGCGAACCGGUAUUCUUAUUCCUAUCGAAAGGAAAGUUAACUAGAGCUAUGUUUGGUGCAAAUGGCAUAGAACUCUGUCGCAUAAUAGAAGAGGAAUUGGGAUUAAUGCACAGGGAGACGGAAACAGGAAUAGAACGGCCCAAGUUAAAUAUUGAUGAGAUGUUGCCUGAAGAAGCGCAAAAAAUGCAAGAAGAUCUAAAGAUAGAAGAAGAAUGCCGUGACACAGUGGAACGUCUCCGAGUCUUGACUCUGGCCGCUCGCAAGAAAAGAGUCUGCGAGAGGCUCUCCAGGCACGUGAAGCGACUCAACUUCAUACUGUUCUGGCCACACUGCCAUCAAGCACACUACGACCUGUAUGAGAAAUGGGAUAUUAUCAACAUACAAGUGGGAGCAAAAGAGAUUUUGCAACUAACAGAAGCAACCGCAAAGGAAGCCCUGUAUAUGAGCGACGUGGAUCCAAACGAAGCGUGUCUACAUGCACUUCUCAAAGGAGAAGUCUUGGUUGUACUUUUCAAGAUGUUCGACACGGAUAAUCGAGACUUUGUUAAACUACUAAGACACGCUGUUUACCAAGAGAUACCGGUGCCGAAAGAGGAUGUCCCACCGGAGAAACAAGUGCCUCCUAUACCAGCAUACGAAAGAUAUGCUACCAUCAGCAAAACUGCUAGAGAAGUCCGCCGCGACAGAUACGAGGCCAAAUUACAGAAACUACGCGAAGAAAAAGAAGAAAGAGAUCGACUGGCAGCCGAACAGGCACGCCUUGCUCGAGAAGCAGAAGAAGAAAGACAAAGACUGGAGAAGCAACGACAAGAAGAGGAACGAAUGGCUAGAAUACAGGCUGGGUUGCCUGCCGAGCUAGAACCAGAAGUAACAGCAGAAGACAUUGAAGGUGAAGAAACUGAGAAUGUUCAAGCCGAAGCUGUGGAAGAAGCUGAAGAAGAACAAGAAAAGGUUGAAGAAGAAGAAGAGUUUCAUUCUGAUGUAUCCAUGGAAGACGAGGAGUACAUUCCGCCGGGGGGUCUAUUCGUUCCUGGACUGUAUAGUCCCGCCAACGAGCUCGCAAAGGCCAACGGAUUAUCCUUCUUUUUUUCUAAAUUGGUUCAAGAUAUGGCACCAAUAGAAACGGAACACUUGCCUCCGCACGUGCUGGUGAUGUUCACUGUGGACAAACGAUACGACGUGCAGGAUAUAAUCCACCAGUUCCCUCACGAAAUACUCGCAACUGGCUUGUUCGUUGGUGAAGACCCAUACACUGCUGAGCAUGUUGCAUACAGCAUAAAACAAUAUGAUAAAAUGGAAAGAUUGAGGAAGCAUAAGGACCGUUUAGCUCUCAUGGUGUCAAGAAAACGCAGUCUUCCUCUACUGCAACUGGCUGGGUUAAAUCCUUGUUACAUCAGUAGUGACGUGGUCUCUGGUGAAAGAGACUGUCUCACACUUUUUCCCGUCGGAUAUGGAGAUGACUUUGAAGAAGAAAUUAGCAUCAAAGAAGAGGAAGUACAGGAAGAAGAACGGAUACAACAAGCAGAACAAGAGCCGGAUGUUGUGGACGAGCAGAAAGAGGACGAAGAUGAUGAAGACGAAGAUUAA